AUGGCAGAGCCGUCGCACAAUCCAUAUGCUCGAUCCCCCAACCCAUCCACAAGGUCAUAUGACUCCUCUUCAGUUUCCUCCGCUACUUCACCGAGACCGCCGUCAAGGUAUUUGGGGGGUCUCCUUGGUGCCAGCUCGAGGCCCAACAACGCAGCUUCAAGCCCGCAACCACUUGGCAUGACUCCUCUCCCGCCGGUCAACCAGGGCUUCCCUUACGGCCCGGUCAUGAGUCGGGAGUCCCUCCCAUCUGCAGAAGCUGUUAUGGCUGGGCAAGGUCCAAACCAUGGACACCUGCCUGGAACACCUGGUGGCCAAGCCCAGAAGAGGGCGUAUCGACAGCGAAGAAAGGACCCCAGCUGCGAUGCAUGCCGUGAAAGAAAGGUCAAAUGCGAUGCAACAGAGACCACCAGUUGCUCUGAAUGCUCCAGCCGAAACGUCAAGUGUCAAUUCACCAAGGAGACCAAUAGGAGAAUGUCUUCUAUCAAGCAGGUGCAGGAUUUGGAAAAGCAAAUCGAGAAAAUUAAGCGCGAGAAUUCCACCCUACGCCGACUCCUGCAAGAGCGAGAAGGUCACAUGGACAUUGAUUUAGACGCGCUACCAUCCAUUGCAUCUGCACCGAAACUACGCAAGCGACUCCCACCAAAUCCCGAGCUGACGAGAGCUAGGCUUCAUGUGCGAAACUUCUCCAAGGGCAUAUGGCAGCCACCCUCACAGCACCGUAUAUAUGCUACAUCGGUUCUUGAAUGCCCUGCGCCAGAGUUGCCUCCAAAGACCGUCACAGACCGCCUAUUGCACUCGUUCUGCAACUCGGCUCAUACCAUGUUUCCCAUCAUUCACAUGCCGAGCUUUCAAUCCGCGGUGGACGACUUAUAUAGAGUCCAUCCUCCACGCGCCACGUCUGCAUGGAUCAGCAUGUUCUUUGCUGUUCUUGCCACGGGCAGCUUGUUUAGCCCGGAAGCUCCGACGACGGCUACAUUUUAUCGGCCAGCCGAGUUUCUGGAAUCUGCUCGCAAGGCAAUGGACCCAUGGAAUAAUACCCAUGUCCUGGAUAAUGCGAGAGCUCUCGUGCUUAUCACCAUUUGCCUCAAUGAGAUGAAUCUGAAGUCUGCUGCUUGGAACUGGCUCGGAAAUGCUGUACGCGUUGGACAGGACUUGGGGCUUUAUUCUGAAUGUGGCUCUUGGUCAGCCAUCGACACAGAGAUGCGGCGCAGAACAUGGUGGGCCACCUACAUCUUGGAUAGAACCAUGGCGACCGAGAUGGGACACCCGUUUCUCAUUGACGAUGCUGACUGCGAUGUGUCGUUACCGGUAGCCGUGGACGAUCAGUACCUCCGCGAAGGCGGUACGCGUAUACCCAAUGGAGCGGAGCCCUUGACGCAUUCGCUACUGGCGGUGAUUCAUGUAGUGCGGUCAUAUACAGCGUUGGUAAAGGCGUUGGAUCAGCCAUUUCUCUCUGCGACUCAGCUGACCACGUUCGACAACCACUUCAACAAGUGUCUCAGCACAUUUCCUCCCGCUUGUGAGCCCGGCAGCACUGUGCCCUUGGCACCUCACUUUCUGGCUCCCCUUGCUUAUCUCUUCCAUGCCAGACUGCUGCUUCACAGGCACAACUUGUCGCCAAGCUGUUCACCGGAAACCCGCCUCGCCGCCGUAGAGAAUUGCACCCAUGUCGCCUUGGAAACUGCAUCUCUGAUUGAGCGAACCAAGUCCCCGGCGGAUGGAGCAACAGCACUUCUUACUGUGCACAUCUUCCGCUCAGCGUUGUUUUUGUUGCUAACCAACUAUCUUGAUCAAGCCAUUAUUUGUAUCAGAGCUCUGGCUGCUAUCGAUGCUCGCCGUGACGUCUCGAUGUCGUGUGGUCGAUUUUUAGCCUUUUUCAUUACGACUUUGGGUGUGAAGCGUACCGACUACGCAUCCUACGUAUCCCGUCGGUCAUCUAUUGAUCAGACAGAACUCACUUUGUCUCUCGCCCGUGAUGAGGAGUUGCUAGUUUAUGUUUCCACGGAUAUUCAAGCUUCUCCGAACCGGUCCUGGCUUUGGUCGUUCCAGGACUUCGAUACGGCUUCCCCGAAGACAGGAAUGGGUUCUCAAAGCCAUCCCGGCACAAGCGAGAAAGUCCUUUUCAGCUCUGAACAAAGAACUGGACUGAACGAAGAAGAGCGCAGAGAUUGGGUUGGAUGGACCAGACUGGAAUCAAUGGCUCGCGGCAUAGGAUCGGUAAACGUGCCAUACCCGCCUCCCUUACCGCCCCCGCAGGUGAAGAGCGAAUCGCCCAUCGCAAACGUCGAGCUUCCAAGACUUUCCGAGACAUCCCGAUACUCUGUUGGUCAUCGAGGCGAUGCUAACCCCCCUGGUCCAAAGCGAGGCGCCGAACGCAUUAGCAUCGCGAACAUUAUUUGA